CUGGUACACUAGUGGUUCAAAAUCGACAUUUUAUCCGACUCUGGGUUCCAUCAAUCGAACCGGCCGGUCGAUCUGAAUUUUAAAACAUCUGGUUAUCAGCGUCUGACACCUCUCUCCACAGAACUGACACCUCACUCAAUCUCUCUCUCUCUCUCUCUCAGAUACAAAGAAGCAAAAAAUGAUGUGUUUCACUCAUCUCACACCUCUUCCUCUCUUCUCCGCCGUCUCUCUUCCGUCUUCCCGUCGUCACUUCACGAGUUUCAGGACUAGAAUGUCUUCUUCCUCCACCGAUUCUGCUCCUCCACCUCCUCCGCCGGAUAACGGCAUUGUCCUUGGUUGUGGGGGAACCACUGUGGAUUUCCUGGCGACGGUGGAUUCUUAUCCUAAACCCGAUGACAAGAUCCGAAGCACUAGCCUCAAGGUACAAGGAGGGGGAAAUGCUGGAAACGCAUUGACUUGUGCAGCUCGUUUGGGGUUGACUUCUAGGCUUAUUAGUAAGGUAGCUAAUGACUCUCAAGGUAAAGGUAUAUUGGAGGAGCUUGAAUCCGAUGGUGUUGAUACUUCCUUUCUUGUGGUCUCUAAAGAGGGCAAUACUCCGUUUACCUACGUCAUAGUUGAUAAACAAACGCAAACGCGUACUUGUAUUCAUACGCCUGGAUAUCCACCCAUGGUACCAACUGAUCUUCCUCAGUCGACCAUGUUAUCUGCUCUAGACAGAGCAAGCAUUGCAUACUUUGAUGUACGAUUACACGAAACGGCGUUGGUGAUUGCGAAAGAGGCAAGUCGGAAGAAGAUACCUAUUUUAGUUGAUGCAGAGAAGAAAAGAGAUGGAUUAGAUGAGCUCUUGCAACUCGCCGAUUACGUUGUCUGCACAGCAAAAUUCCCUCAGGCAUGGACAGAAGUGUCUUCAAUUCCAUGUGCGCUUGUGUCCAUGCUGUUGAGAUUGCCGAAACUGAAGUUUGUGAUCGUAACCUUAGGUGAAGAAGGAUGCUUAAUGAUCCAGAGAGAUUCAACAGAAGCAUCAGAAUCAAAAGAGACGGACAUUGAGAGUUUGGUGGAGACUCUGAAGGAUAGAGUAGACUCGACCGCAACAUUUCCAACAUGCGUUUCAUCGGAGACUGCUAAACUAAAGGCCAACGGCGUAGGAACACUGAGUGGAAGAUUGUUUCUCGGAACAGCAGAGAAAAUUCCUCCAGAAGAGCUUGUUGACACCACCGGUGCAGGCGACGCAUUCAUAGGAGCAGUUCUUUAUGCCUUAUGCGCCGGCAUGCCCCCAGAGAAAAUGCUACCAUUCGCUACUCAAGUGGCUGCUUGCAACUGCCGAUCUUUGGGAGCUCGCACCGGUCUUCCUCACCGUACUGAUCCCCGACUUGUACCCUUUCUGGUUUGACAACUUCAAUGUUCUAUGUUCCUUUCUCAAACCUAAUCUUCUUUCAAGUCACUCCAUUGCCCACUUUCACAAUUUAAAACUUUAUACAUAUUAAAUUCAGUAAAGACUUGGUGUCAAAUACUAACAUUCAUUUUACGUUUGACUUUGCUUUGUUGUAAAAAGAAACAUACUAUACGAAGUGGUGUUAAUAUUCUAAACUAGUAAAUGGGUAAGCAAUGUGAACG